CUGACCCACACCCCACACCCCCCCCAUUCUUCACAGUGGGCACGGGAUGAGUUCGAGGGACUCUUCAAGCAGCCGGCAGAGAACGUGAACCAGUAUCUGAUGGACCCCCGCUUCCUGGAGCGGACGCUGCGCCUGGCGGGGACGCAGCCUCUGGAGGUGCUGGAGGCCGUGGAGCGGAGCCUGGUCACGGACCGGCCCCGGGACUGGCCCGACUGCGUGGCCUGGGCCUGCAGGCACUGGCACCGCCAGUACAGCAACAACAUCCGGCAGCUGCUGCACAACUUCCCCCCGGGACAGAAAACGAACUCGGGGACCCUCUUCUGGUCGGGACCCAAGCGCUGCCCCCACCCAUUGGUCUUCGACCCCGACAACCCCCUGCACCUUGACUACGUGGUGGCGGCCGCCAACCUCUUUGCUCAGAGCUAUGGGCUGGGGGGCAGCCGGGACCGUGGGGCCGUGGCCGCGCUCCUGCGCCACGUGCGGGUCCCCCCCUUCGCCCCCAAAGCCGGGGUCCGGAUCCACGUGUCCGACCAGGAGCUGCAGAGCGCCGCGGCCAGCAUGGAUGACGGGCGCCUGGAGGAGCUGAAGGCGUCGCUGCCCAGCCCCGAGGAGCUGCGCGGGUUCCGCAUGUACCCCAUUGACUUCGAGAAGGACGAUGACACCAACUUCCACAUGGAUUUCAUCGUGGCUGCUUCCAACCUGCGGGCGGAGAACUACGACAUCCCCCCGGCCGACCGCCACAAGAGCAAGCUGAUCGCGGGUAAGAUCAUCCCGGCCAUCGCCACGACCACGGCGGCGGUUGUGGGGCUGGGCUGCCUGGAGCUGCUCAAGCUGGUGCAGGGCCAGCGCCGCCUGGGCUCCUACAAGAACGCCUUCCUCAACCUCGCCCUGCCCUUCCUCGCCUUCUCCGAGCCCAUCGCCUGCCCCCGCAACAAGUACUACGAGGUGGAGUGGACGCUGUGGGACCGCUUCGAGGUGCAGGGGCUGCAGCCGGACGGGCAGGAGAUGACCCUGCGCCAGUUCCUCGCCUACUUCAAGCGCGAGCAUCGCCUGGAGAUCACGAUGCUGUCGCAGGGGGUCUCCAUGCUCUACUCCUUCUUCAUGCCCCCCGCCAAGCUGCGCGAGCGCCACGACCAACCGAUGACGGAGAUCGUGGCGCGGGUCUCCAAGAAGCGCCUGGGCCGCCACGUCAAGGCCUUGGUCUUCGAGCUCUGCUGCAACGACGACAGCGACGCCGACAUCGAGGUGCCCUACGUGCGCUACAGCAUCCGCUAGGCCACGCCC